GCAGCAGACCGUAGGUCGGUAUCAGGGGGGAUCGUCACGUGUGGAGGAGGCGCCGUGUCUUGGUUUUCCAGAACGCAGAAGUGUGUUACGCUUUCGACGACAGAAGCAGAGUACGUCGCGCUUGGUGACGUAGUGAAGGAGAUCUUCUUGUUUUUGAGGCAAAUUUGGCGUUUCAUGUUGCCGCAGGUCGGCAUGCCGUGCAUCCCAGUCUUCGAGAACAACCAGGGGGCGAUUCAACUAGCGCAGAACCCCAUCUCAAACUCGAACUCGAAGCACAUAGAUGUAAGGCACCAUUUUCUCACGGAACUGGUAGAGAGGAAGGAAACUUCGGUGAUCCACAUGCCGUCGCCAUACCAGCGUGCAGAUUUUCUUACGAAGAGCUUGCCGAAGGACACUUUCGAGUCUCACCGUGAUUUUGUGAUUGAUUUGGAAUGAACAGUUAUUGUUUUUCUGAUGGGUUGUGUCUUGGUUUGCUUUCAUUUUCCGCGGCAAGUGUUCUUACGCGAGAUGCAACACUCAUUCAUGUUUCUUUGAACGAUUGUUCUUUCUCAUUACAUUUUGUUAUUAUAGUUUUGAUGGCAUACAUUCUUGAAAAGACGUCUUUUGGUUGAGAUAUCGGAUGUUAGCGAAGUUUGCAGUGAGAAACUGUUGCGAGCAGGGGGGAUGUUAGAUAUACUCGCAGCAGUAUCUGGUCGUGAGGAUCCCAAGGGGAUACGUGUUGGUAAUUUCGUGUGUUGUAGGGUACCAUCGGUGCAGUCACGGGGACCGUUUUAGCGCGGUUGGAACGAUGAGGCUUACGUGCGUGUUGCGCACUUCUUUCUUCCUUCUCUCCUUCCACCGCUACCGCCGUCUCUCUCCAAUCAAGUUUCCUUCUCCCACUCUCUCUCCACCUCUCUCUCAAUCUCUCACUCUCGGCCUAACACGGCCGACUACCCAGUGCCCCAAGUAACGCCCAGGACGGGCUUGCUGCACCCCGCGUGCUUUACCUUUCAGGCAAGAACAACCAACAACUGCUGUGAAUCACACCUACCUGGUUCGCCUGACAGCUCUCGCCUGAGCCGUAGCAGAGUGCAAAGAGAGCUCGCCCCCUACCGGCAACGCCGCUGUGAGCCGCAAUCCACCCCCUCUACACAAUGUGACCAAGCUGUUACUCGGGUAUCGCCGUUUAUCCUGACAUCCUGAGAUCGAUCGGUGCCCUCGGCGCUAGGCGCCGGUAUUUCCACUCCUUAAAAAGACCGCUUGGAGAAAAACUG